UUUUAUAUAAUUAUGCUGGGAUUUCUAUCGGCACCAAAAUGUUGCCGAUAUGUUGAAGGAUUUUUCGAGCUUCGGGCACAAACAAGCAGACGCAUCACAGAAUCCUGCCUGUCAGAGGAGCGCAUCAGACGUUUUAUAUCGGAGAACACGGAGGUAGUUGUGGGACGGAGCCUGACGCCUGAGAUAAAACUGAGAUUGUUUACCCCUAACUGCAGGUUCUGGAGAGAAAGACCAGAACUCUGGCCUUUCACUGACCCGUACUGGGCGAUUUACUGGCCAGGAGGACAGGCGCUCUCAAGGUACAUCCUGGACAACCCUGAUGUUUGUCGCGGUAGAACGGUGCUGGAUCUGGGGAGCGGUUGUGGAGCCUCGUCUAUUGCUGCAAAGCUGUGUUGUGCUGCUCAUGUGGUGGCCAACGACAUCGACCCCGUUGCAGCUGUUGUGACCAAGUUGAAUUGUGAACUGAACAACGUGGAGCCGCCCGUUUGUGUGACAGACAACAUGAUUGGUUCAGACCCGACCGACUUCGACUUGAUCCUCCUUGGCGACAUGUUCUAUGAUGAAGCCCUCACCGACAGUCUUCACAGAUGGCUGGACCGCUGUAUCAAAACCCACGGCACCAAAGUCCUGAUUGGGGAUCCUGGGAGAGCCCAGUUUGAGGGGCAUGUCAUUCGGAAGCUCCUGCAUCAUCUGGCCCAGUUUGAGUUGCCUGAGAGUGUUAGGGAAGAGAACUAUGGUCUGAUUUCUAGCAAUGUUUGGUCUUAUCAUUGCAAGCUCUGAGCACGUAAAAGGUUUCUGCUUGUUUAAAAAAGUUUUUUUUAUUUCUCACAGUUAUUUAAAUACCUCUUUUGGUCUGCAACGAGUGUGUGGGCAAGAUGUCGGCAAGAUGUUUAUAAGAAAUCCUCAGAUAGUUGGCUUUUUGAACUGGGGAAACAAAAUGUAGGGCUCACCCAGGUUUAAGCUGCAUCUGUCAUUUGUUGCACAAGAUAACUAACAUCUUUGCCCAACUGCUUAUUUGAUUAUUCACUCAGGCACACAUAGUAAAAUGAAAUACACACUUCUUUAGAGACUCUUUCAGAUUUUAGAACCUUAUGGUGCCUAUCUCAGCAGUCACUGGGCGAGAGGUGAGGUCCUUUGUUAUCACAGGACAACAAAGGACAAACAACCAUGCACACACACCCCUAAGGCCAAUUUAGAGUAACCAAUUAACCUAAGAGUCAAGUUUUGGGACAUGCAUAGUGCAUAGAAGGGGUACCCAUGCAUGCACAGGGAGAAUAUGCAAACUCCUUGCAGGUUGAAUCCAGGGUUUGAACCCAGGACCUUCUUGUUUCAAGGCAACAGUGCUCUGUUUUUUUUUUUUUUUUUUUACGAAACGAGACCAAGUCUCUAGUGAAGCUGUUCAAAAAGUCAACCCUUUAAAAAUAAAGAGGUAUGUAAUUAAACUUUCUGCAGUGUAACCAGUAAUUUCAAAGUAUUUUAUUAUUAUGAUAUACAAACGAAAAGAGAGCUGUAAAUACAGAUUAUAAAUUGUAGGAUACAUUUU